AUGCAUCGCUUCUCGCGUUCUCGUGGAGAAUCUCAAGAGCCUGAACGCAACGAAGCACCCGCCCCCUCGACACGUAGUCUAUCUCUCCUCUUCCCACCUAGAGAGUCCUAUGACCGUGCCAACAAGAGCACAAAGACUUCUCAAACACCAACUGAGCCUCUGUACGAUCAGGACACGACCAUCACAUUUCCGCUCUCGCUGGACGAUGAGCCUAGGAUAAUAAUUGCACAAGAUGACACCGGUGUCUCAAUCGACCGACUUCUCUUCGACUCACAAUGGUCCCGCAUGACCAACAGAGAAAAACCUGAAGACUCGAACAGCCCGUCAAAGAGUUUUUCUUUCAGGCCUUCCUCCUCUGCAGGGCCUCAAUCCCCAACCAGCAGUGGCUUCCUACGCACUCAGCACUCUCGUGGACAUAGGUCUACCAUUUCUGUUGUGCCAGAGCGCAAUGGCUCUCCACCGACACGCCCAUCUAUGCCUCGGCUCGACUCGACCUUCGUUCCUUCCACCCAAUUCCGCCGUACAUCUACAUCAGCCUCACUUGCUGACACUCGCAAAGACAUCAAUGCUCCCGUUGAGAACACUGCAGAAGAGAUGGACUCGUGGUUAGAUUGUAUGUUUGGAAAAGCCCCGAUGAGGUACAAAGGCCCUGUCACAAAACUUCAUCAUGUUCAAAGACAACCGCCAGAUGACAAGCAAGACCUUCGUCCAAAGUCACCACGUGCUGGAUUCGGAUCUUACUCGGCAAAAGAGAGCUCUCCUCUCAGGCCUAGCUCUCAAAACUCGAUCAAGCGCAAGAAGGAUGCUUUACUCAUGUGCACAACCUUUGCGGUCAACAUACAUGACGAAGAUCUUCCUGAGCAAUUGCAACAGCCGACGUCUGUUCAUGGAGCACGGCAGUCUUGCACGCGAAAGAAGCGUUUCAGCACACCCAUGUUUGGUGUAGCCAUCCUCAUACCUCUCGCAAGAAGCGGCACGUCUUCAUCGCAGAGCUAUUUUCCGGAUCAGACCGAUCCUAUACAGACUAUCCUCGACGACUGGCAUAUAUAUGCUAGAGCUCUGGACGCUCUCAGAAUGACGGCUCUAAUCCACAUUCAGCAAAGACUUCGCGCAAAGGCCGAGGCUCUCGCACGCUCAAAGGUUGCUGUUUCACCUACUGUCCCUCGCUUGGUCAAGCUCGAGCCCAGUGCAUUCGAACACACUCCACAAGUCAUCGAGAUGUCGUCGGCGGUUGUGGACCGUAUAACGCGUGGCUACCAGGUGUUACAGGCCGGACCGCAACGUGACUGGAGCAUCUGGCGAGACGAGUUGCGUGACUAUACCCGUGUCUCGCAAGAUGCUGAUUCCAAGAGAGGCUUUUUCAACUUGCACAAAAUCAACUUCAUGCAAGCUGCCUUAACGGCAGCCUUGACCGUGGAUCUCGGCUGGCUCAACAUAUUUGCUCCUCCACAGCAUCACGCCCGUCUACGUGAAGAACGCCAGAAGACCCAAACAACCUUCGAUGCGGCUCAAAGUCGCACUGUGAUCGUGAGCAUCGACCAGAACAAGGCUCGGAAUUUAUUGUUCAUCUUUGCGAAGCUGUUCCCCUGUCCGGCGUCGGAAACACAAUUCCAAGGCAUCAGACGCUCCUCUAUGAGCAGUCUGACGUCUUCCAACAAAUCAGUCUCUGCACUGACGCAGGGUCUGAAGAGCGCAGAGAAUGCUCCGAACCAUGACCUGGCCAUUGACAGCGCUAAAGCUCAGACAAAUGGAGAUAGAGUAAAUGAGGCUCCUCGUACGCCGACCAUCUUCGAGCCUCUAGUCAGUGCCUCUCCUAGCACUUCGCCAGCUAAGGCACCGUCCGUGAACAACUCAGCAUCGUCCACGCGAAAAUCGAGUACCGUCAGUACUUCGGGUAAGAUCGAUAUAUUGGCCAAGGCGACCAUGGCCGUGCCAAUUAGUGCGCCAACUUCAAGCCUUAAUACACCCUCAGGCUCCCCAGAGACACGUCCCAGUAGUAGUCUGAACGCUCAGGGAGAUCUGAUGCGACACCUACAACGCGCAGGCAGUACGACCACGAGCAACGGCAGCACCGAUAAUACGAGCCUGUGGAACAGUUUCCGAAGCAGCACUUGGAGUCUCAGACCUCGUCGCGAAUCCUCGUUGACUGAGAGAAGUGAUAGCUUCGCCAGCAGCGGCCAGCGCGAGCAGCCUGCAAGUAUCUUGAAGACCAGUAAAAGCUUUGCCGCCCGUCAAAGUUCGAACAAGCUAGUGCGCAUGGUUGAAGAGGCCCAUGGUGUAGAAGAGUCCGACCAUAAUUCACACGCAUCAAGAAGAAAGAAGAAUACCUCACACGUAUCACCGAUCACCAUGGCACACAGGACCUCUGCUUUGCAAUUCGACCCACCAACCUCCGAAUAUGCUGGGAUUGCCUAUACUUACAACCAGGAUGAGGGCAUCGUCGAUGUUGACUUUCCAGGAUGUUCGACCUCCCCCAACACUACACGCAGUCUUUCGCCCAAAGUGUCGAGGUUCAAAGUUCCAGGCGGUAGGAAUCACUUCCCUCUCCACAAGGCUGUCGCACAAGAAAGUAGCGAAAACAAGAAACCCCAUGACGCGCAUGGGCUCGCUCGCUAUGACAGAAUCGCUGGAUAUCUCGGCAAAUUCCAUCCAGACUUUGCUUUGCAAGCUACCAGGCCUUACGCUGAGCUUGUCAGCGAGAUCAAAUGCGCGAUGCGGGCUGAGCCAUCGCCCAUGGUCGAGCCAUCAGAGAAUCUCAAAAUUUUCAGUCAAGAGACAUGGAUUGACGUCUGCUCUACUGUUAUAAUGGAUGCCGAGGCCAUGUCGGUCAAGAAAUUGACUCUUCGUAGACGUGUUCGGUACAAGUUGAUUGUGCCUGAUGAUUCGCCCAACCUGCCGAGACACGCCGCUUCUGGACAUGGACGAAGGCAGUCAACAUGCUCUUCUAAUGGCAGUGGAUCGGAUCAGGACAAUCAUAUCAAGGUCAUCAAAUCAGACGAUAUGGAUUCGAUCCAACGCACAUACAAACGAAACGACAACGGACAGAAGACCGGCUUCCGCGACAAGAGGAUUGUCAAGACUGACCUUCCCGAUGGAGAGAGUGGACUCAACAACCAUGUCGCAGGCCGUCAUUCGGUUGACUCUCUUGGAAACGUCCUGUCCAAAAACAUGGAUGGCACGGGAACUAGUUCCCCUGGUUCCCAAUCCUCGCGCACUAACGGAAGUCGAGCCGAUUCCCCUAUGAUGGUCAAAGAUCAAUCUGCGCUUCUCGACCACCGUCCAACCACCACCAUUGUCGUUGGCGAUGACUUAUCUGCGUUCAUCGAACACCGUAAGACCAACAGCUUCCCCGCUAAGGAAGCGACGGCGGUGGUGACAGCCACAAAGAGAGUGCCUAUUCACAACAAGGAAGGCAAAAUCAGUGGCUGGAAAGAAGUCUCUACCAACAAGCCUGAUGAACCCGGCGUGAAUGACUUGCCGACCAGCUUUGUUGAGAAGCGACGCGACAAAGCAGCAGCAGUCGUAGAAUGCCAGACUCUCGCGGAGAAAUUCGAUGAAGAGACGAUCAGCAAGCCUGAUCCUGCAGUUGUCACCCUCUUGCAACAAAUGCUCGCCACCAGUGAUACGCGUUCACGCGUUCACUCUCGAACCAACUCUGUGCACAGCCGUGCACCCAGUCGCUCUGGCUCAAUCAGCGGAUCAGGUCUUACUGAGCUACAAUAUGAGAGCAAGAAGAUCAUUGAAGAUGCGCUCGAGGGUCUUGUCAGUGCUGUGGCUUUGGAGAAGUAUACACCGAACAACGCUUCUUCUGGCGGGCUAUUCAGCUUUGCCAGAAGUGCAAUCUCCACGCCCGAACCCUCUGUUCUUCGGCAAAGUAUCUCGAAGUGGAUGUAUGGAGAUGCUUGA